CAGGGCCGACCCCCGGCACCUGCCUCGCCGUCAGCGCCCCCACGCCGGGUGUGCUGGCGGCUCUCCGGGUGUUUGUGCUUCUCCGAGUCUCUCUCCCCGCCCCCGUCUCUCCCGCCCGCCCCGCCGGGACCUCUCCUCUCCGGGCGGCAGCAGAGGUGCUGCUGGUGGCGGGGCGCUCUCGGCAUCCAGCCCUCCGGGAACAUGGCGACCGGUGGCUACCGCAGCGCCGGGGGUAGCACCACGGACUUUCUGGAGGAGUGGAAAGCCAAGCGGGAGAAGAUGCGGGCGAAGCAGGCGCCGCCGGCCCCGGGGGCAGUGGCCGGGGGGGAGGCCAGACCCGCCGGGGCAGCCGCCUCCGCCGAGCUGAACAACAACUUGCCCCCGGGCGGCCCGACCGCGCUCCCCGACCGCGCGGCGCCCUCCGCCGGCGGGGCCGUCAACUGCGUCGGGCUCCCCAGCGCCGCCCUGGGUCGGGCCGCCCCCAACAAGGAGCCGCCGCCGGCCCUCGCCGGGGUCCGCGCGCCCGAGCCUGCCGCCAAGCCCCCGCCCGCCGCCGCGCCGGGCUCCCCCGAGGGCGAGGAGAAGCUGGCCGCCAAGGGAAAGAGCUCGGGCCCCAGCGCCAGGAAGGGGAAGGGGCAGAUCGAGAAGAGGAAGCUGAGGGAGAAGAGGAGGUCGACAGGUGUGGUGAACAUCCCGGCCGCCGAGACCCUUGAUGAGUAUGAAGAUGAUGAAGCCGGGCAGAAGGAGCGAAAGAAGGAGGAUGCUAUUACCCAACAGAAUACAAUACAAAAUGAGAGUUCCAAUACAGAUACCCCUGGCUCAUACUUACUGCAGGACUCCUCCAGGAUGGUUUCAAGCAGGUAUAAAAGCACAGCUAAUGCACCAGAAGAUGAUGCUCCAAAUAGAUACUCCCGAACAGACAGGACAGCUUACAACAGAUACAGCAGGGAUGCAAAUUCUUCUGGCAGUUCCAUUCCAAGUAACACUUUGGAAAAGAGGAUUGAGGAACUUGAAAGGGAACUUGCAAAGGAGAGACAGGAAAAUGCGAGAUUAGUGAAGAUGACACAGGACAAAGAGGAACUAAUUGGAAAGCUGAAGGAAGAAAUUGAUUUAUUAAACAGGGACCUAGAUGAUAUAGAAGAUGAAAAUGAACAAUUGAAGCAGGAAAAUAAAACCCUCUUAAAAGUUGUUGGACAGCUGACAAGGUAGAAGAUUCAAGCCUCAAUGAGGAAAGAUUUAAAAACUACUGAUUGAACGUUAAGGUCAAUAUAGUAAUACUUCCUGUGUUGGAGUAUGUUAUAAUAACUGUCUUUAUAUUUAUUGUUAGGAAACCAGAUGAAUGUUUAUUUUCAUAGUACUUUCUUCUUCAUUCAAUGAAAUGGCAUCAAACUGUGGUAUACUUUUAGCUUUCUUUUUGCAUAACCGUAAUUAAAUUUUUUGACAUAUUUGAAAAUACUAAGUUCAAAACCACUUUUUGCAUCUUUGUAUCUUCAGAUUACACCUGGAUAAAUUACAGUAAUUUAAAAUUCGUAGCACCAAGCUGACUUUCAGUCCACGUGGGUGUAUAUUUUUGAAAUGAAUGGAAGCAAUACAUAUAAACUUUGUUUACACAGAUCCAAAAUAUAUAUUUUGGGAAAUAUUUCCUUUUUUGUUUAAACACAGCUGUAAAGUGGAUGCCUUAUUACUGAUGUAUAGCGUUUUGCAGAUUGAUUACUUGCUCUAAAACUCUUGUAUGUUGAGGUUUUUUUUUACUGUAUCUGAAAGACUGACAAUAGCAGAGAGUAACAAUAUUUUUUUCUGUAUAACAGUAUUCUGAUAGGAGGGGCGGUUUUAUUUAAAAAAAUUAAAAAUCUCCAACCAAACCCACCAAAAAACCCAAUACAUCACCUGUGGUAUCAGCACUAAUGAGUUCUUAGAAUCAUACUGAAGCUGUGCACUGCAGUUUAUUUUAAAGAUUGUGCUUUAGCAAUGACAUGCAGGUUUGCUAUCAGACAGUAAGUUUGUUUGCUGUGUUGAGAAUUCAAACAAAACCUGGAGCGUUCAUUUUAGCAAAGACGCUUUUGCAAUACUCUUCUACUUAAAGCUGUCAUCUUAAAAUUUAUUGGGAUCAUAACCAACAUGAAUUUUUUUAUGUUUUCAUUUUUUUUAAGUUGAGUGAAAUUUCUUGUACAUAACAAAGUAGAGGGGCAUACAAGUGAUUCAUGCCCUUUUGAAACAUCAGGUGGUUUAAAAAAACCUUUUAUUGUUGAUUUUAAACUAACAAGGUGUUUUAAAAGUGCCUACUUAGAUGCUAUAAUCCAGUUAUGACAGCAUACUGAUUCUUCUAAAACAUGAGAGUAGACAAAAUUUUUAUGUGACGUCAACCACAGACCUCAGUUAACAAUUCUCUUAAAAUUCUUGUUAGGCUGAAAUCUGCUGUACUUUAUUUCAUCUUAAUACAGCACAUUUUUCAUUUGUGAUCAGAAUAAAUGUGUAUGUUAUUUGAGUUAGGACACUAGAAGUGAAAACAUUUCAAAGAGUCCAGGCUUUUUCUUGACAGUUUUGAAGUUUGGUGUCAGAGAGUUGCAUGCAUAUAAUUUUUGUUACCUUAAAAUUUAAAGGCAACUUUAAUAUAUAAUAAUGAUCACCUUUUCAGAUUUGCCAGCUGUUUUCAUAAUGUGUAUUUAAUAACUGUAAGAGUUUCUUAAAUUUCAAAUCCAGUUAUUAUUGUUACGCCUUGGAUUGUUUUGGAUAUAGGAUAGGUUAUUUUGCAUUUGUGUAUUCUAAUGAAGAGGUGCUUUUCAGAGCUUUGAAGUAUUUUUCAAGACACUUAUAUUCCAGGAUGCCUUGAUGUUUUCCUUCACAGUGGAUGAGAUCCUAUGGGACACUAUUUAAAACCUCGGGUUUAAAUGGUAUGGGGGUUUGUAUAGGCCUUCUGACCUACAAUAUACACCAAUAAAUGUUGCUUUUAAUAAUAUUCAAACAGUAAAAAGUCCCUUAAUUUAUCAGGUUCAUGAAAUUAAAAAAAUUAAGUAAUUAACAUUAAUUUGAGAUGUAUGCCUUCUGAAUAAAUAUGAAACUUUCUCUGGAAGAACAUCUGAUUUCUUUCUCUGUGUACUAUGUAGGAAAUAAACAUACUGAUUUAUGGCAUGGGAUGUCAAACAUAUUGAAGCUUCAUUAAGGAGUUAACACAGAACACACAGAUAUUGCUAUGACUUGUAAAUGAGAUUUCAUAAACUGUAUUUGACAUACAUUUUAAACCAAAGAACAAUAACAACAAAGGACAUAAACAAGAGCUACUUGUCUUCAUAUUACCUCUUCUUGGUUUGCAUGUGUAUUGACUAAAACUUAACAGCAGUAAUGCCAAAAUUAGAAUUUUUUUUUGACUUGGACAUCCGGCUGACAGGGACAUUUGCAGAAGUUUUCUGAUGCCCUACCUUGAAGAGGUACUGUCAGGCGAAGUUUCCAAAUUUCUGAAACCAGUAAUGCUUCAGGCAGAACAUGUGAACAAAGAAACUGCUGGGAACUCUCAGAUCAAGUACCUCAGGACGUUAUUGUUGUUGUGUAUUAUUAUACAAAUGUAGAGCUCUUCAUGGUUUUAAAAAUUCCCACAAAUCGUGUCUUGAUGCAUAACACAUCUGCUGAAGUUUGGAAGAUCUAGUGGCUUUUUGGAAAAAAGUAUGUCAAUAACACUUCAUUAUCACUUACAUUAUCAGGCUCUUGCGGGAAGUUUAUUAGAUUCUAGCAGAAAUUAUGUAUUAUGUAGAAUUUUAAUAAUUGUCUAGUCAUUACUUGCCAUUAUCUUUUUAUUUCAAUAGGGUAUCCUUAUAGUCAAGCUCCAGUGUAAAUUUUUAUCCUAGGUGACUUGAAGGUGUUAAAUUAACUACCUUACCAGCAAUUAACUAACCCAUGCCCACAUCUUUCUUUGCCAGUCCAACACCUCUGUUGUUGUCAGUUGUGUGGUUUAAAAGCAGAGAGACUGCUGUAAGGGGGAACCCAUUUCACUUGGGAAGGCUAUAUGAUUCCUGAAUGAAUGAAGCUGGGUAUUAACGUACCUAGGCUGAAUUAAUUUACUAGGGCUGUUGGGGAUGGGGGUUAGUAUGCAAUAUUAACUGCAUGGGCAAGCCUCUUGCAGAUUUCUGAACUUUCAUGUCUUAAAAUUCAUACCAAACCACUUAGGUCUAGCAUCUGCGUUUCUGGGUAACUUGGGUCACCUAGGAAAUUUAAACAGAAAAGUAUUCCCAUUGACUAAAGCAAAUAAGACUGUUUUUUUUUUUCAAGAUACAAUAAUAAUGAACAGCACAUAAUUCCUAUUUUGAUUGUACACAAUGAUACCCCUGUUAUCGUCACAUGGUAUAGAAAACAUACUAUAUCCAGAGCUGAAGGUUAAAAUUGAGCAGAAAUAAUUUUAUCAUUGAUGAUAUGCACUAAUGUUUGUGGGGUUUGUUCCCUAAAGAAGUUCAAUCAUGUAUAAAUGUUCGUGAUUUUUACAAGAAUAGACGAAAUGGCUAGUUUAUAAUUUUUUAAAUAAUUAAAUGGCCAUGCUUAUGUUCAGUGUUACUUGAUGUAUAUAUUAUCUGAAAGAGUACAGUCCGUAUUUGCAAAUGACUGGGGUUUUUGUCUUUAAAGCAAAAUUUUUCUUGGCUAAUUACCAGGUUCGUAUUUACACAUUCAGAGAGUAAUUAUUUCUGUGUUAGAUUGGCUCUGAAUUUGAGAGGUAGAGUGAGAAGAGGGUAACAAGAAAUAAAUCAAUGGCUUCCAAAGUAGGAAGUAUGACCAAAUAAUUUUUAUUUUUUUUUAUUCAGCUGUACUGAGAAUUAGCUGUGGAAAGAUUUGUGAUUGUCAUAAGCACUGCAAAACAUUCAGGGGCUUUAAGUAUGUUGGAAACAACUGAUUAAUCUACAUCAAAGCUUUUUGCAUCUUGACUCGUAUCAUUACAGCUUGGAAAUUUGCUACUGUAGAGAGACCAAAAGGAAGACUGGAGAUCAGAUUACCUUUUAACAUUUUGCUAGGAUAGCAGAGUUACACUGACUCCAGCUCUUCUAUGGAUUUUUGUAAGUUCUUUGUGGCUAUUUCCAGUUUGAACUGAAACAAAUCAGUAUCAGUAGCCAAGAAGAAAGGUAAUUAUUGAGAAACAAAUAUAUUAGUAAUAACUAUGGAAACCAUUAACAUACGGCUGGAUGUCAGUAUUUCUUGGGCUCAGACCCUUUAUGAAGAUGUCAGUUGAGUUGGUCCAUUUUCAUCAGUAUUAAUGAUCAUAAACAUCUGACAUUUUUAAUAAGAAACAACUGGUUUUACUUGGAGAAAUUACUGCUGCAAGCCAUGACUAAAGAACUUAGUACAGUAAAAAUAUUUUGAGCUGGUACCUGUAGCUGCUAAUACUAAGAAGCUAAGGAUUACGUUUAAAAGGUUUGUUAAAAAUGAAACAAAUUAAUUCAGGAUCUGUUCCGUGCCAGUCAUUCAGCAUUUCUGGGAGCAUUUCUCCUGUUAUUAAGCAUUUAUUUAGGCUAUAUAAAUAAAAUAAAAAAUAAUAUUUUAUUAGCAUAAAAUAUUAUUUCAUUCUUAAAUAUAUCCAGGACAAAAAUGACUUCAGUAUGUAUUUUAGUAGCAUUCAUGAUCUUCCAAGUAUGUUGACUUACUGUAGCAAAUCUCCACCUACUAUUUCUCCUCGUACUGUGGCAGAUGUACAUUAUGUUGUUAAUUUAAUCCUUUUGCUUUUAUUUCUGGAUUUCUGGUGUUAAAUGUUCUUGUUCGGGGCUGGUUGUGAUUUUCCUGUUGUGGAAAAAUUGUUAGUUGAGUUGCAGGUAAAAGAUACGUGUUUAAUCUAACAAUGAAGACUCUGUGCCUUUGUCCAAAUAAAACUAAAUUCUUUUUAA